AAUAACAUACUAAUUGAUUGUAUAGUUUGAAAACGUUAUUCAUUUUCAAUGCAAUAGUAUUACAAAUAUUAGCCAAACAAACAUAACAUUGAGGACAUAGCCGAUAGCCGAUCGGUACUAUUCUGGCCAACAAAUCAAAUCCGAUUAGAAGCCAAACACACACACACACACACACACAUAACACACCCGACGGGUUCGACCAGUAACGAAAAAAAUGAGUGGCCAUUCGUCAUCGGACGCUGUCUACCGAUCGGCCAUCAAAGUGCUGGUCACAAGCGGUAUGCAAUUGUCGGCCAACUCGGAAACCAUAUGCCUGGCCUGUCAAUACAUUCACCGAUUUGGCCGUCACUUCGAUUACCGUCACUACGAUCUCUAUCUGAUGGCCGCUGCCUCAGUCUAUCUAUCGAGCAAAGUUACCGAAACUCAUAUCAAGUUGCGGGACAUUAUUCAAACUUUCUACCAGACCGUCCACCACAACACCGGCGGCGGCGGUCAGUCGGAAAUCAAAAACAUUAAACUAUGGCAAAGUUUGAAAGAGUCGAUCAUCGACUGCGAGCUACUAUUGGUACGGAUGUUACGUUUCAAAGUGGACACCAAUUUGCCGCACCGUUAUCUUCAUAAGUAUUUGCGGUCAAUCGGCAAUUUGAUUCGCGACCAACCUAUGGCUGCCCGACUCGAUACAAGCUGUUGGCCAAUAAUGAGAGACUAUUUGUGUUUCGAGUCGCGAUCGCUAGACUGGCGGCCCAAUCAUAUAGCCAUAGCCGUCAUCGAGCUGUCGCUGCGGACACUCGACUACCGGAUCCCAGACAAUGACGAAACACUGCUUCCGUGGAACGAAACGUUUGACGAUCAGUUCAAGAAAGAAGAUAUCGACGAAUUGGUCGAACAGAUACUCGCUGUCAACGAACAGAUGCGGUCAUCGCCGUUGCGGACGACAACAACAACAGCGACGAUCUCUAAUAGCAAAGGUGUCGAUGAAGACAAAAAAGAUGGUAAAAAUAGUGACCGAAAUCGUGGUGGUCGUCAUCGUCUGGGAUCAUCACCCGGUAAUAGUCGUGAACCUAAAUCACGAAGCGCUGACCGAAAAUCACGUAAUAGUGAUCGUAAAUCACGAAGCAGUGACCGAAGCCGCCGAAAAUCACGCGGUAGUCGUGACCGAAAACGCCGUAAAUCAAGCAGCAGUAGUAGUAGUACUAGUGAUAGCAGUAGUAGUAGUAGUAGUAGUAGUAGUAGUAGUGGCACUAGUAGGACACGCAGGACUAAAAACAGCCGCAGAUCACGUAGCCGUAGCCGUGACAGACAUCGACGUCGGCCACUAUCAUCACCCGAUCGACAAUCGUCAUCCAAUCGUUCCCAAUCAUCAUACAAAAAGAGUUCGUACACUAAACGUGAAAUUGUCGACUUUAGGUCAUCAACAUAUGGCCAUCAUUAGAGAUGAACCGGUAAUCAAACAAACAAAUACCGUAAUUGGUUUUUGUUUGAUUGUUUGGUUUUGUAAAAUAAAAUUUCGGUAGAUCUGAGAUCUGAUCUCUCAUUUGUUACACACCCACCCACACACACAAACAUGUGUUAGAUCAGUUAGAUAGAGGAUAGGGUGGUAUAUUAAAAAAAAGCAAACUGAGCUCUAGUUUUUUAUGGCUACCGGUAAUUACCCCGGGUAUUAUUAUUUUUUUACGGUAAGCGUAAAGUUUUGUUUGUUGUUUUGUGUAUAAGAAAUUUGUUAACCGUUUUUUUUUUUGAAAAAUAAAUAAAUG